GAGAGAGAGAGAGAGAGAGAGAGAGAGAGAGAUGUACUUUAUGAUUAGCUGCGAGCUCUCUUAUUGCUCAUAGGGUCCUGCUCCUGAACGGUCUCAUCCAAGGGACACGCGCCUUAAGUAACGCUAGGUCUGAAACAUAUGUUUAUAUGCCUAAUAUUUACAUUUAUAACUUUUCCUUAAAUUUGAAAGCAAACGAUUACUUUUCAUAUUCAACGCAACGCAUGUAUUAAACUUGAACAAGAGUGUAAGCUUGUCCCAGACACUGAGGAGCGAUAAAGCAUCAACAGGUGUCCGGAAAGCCGCGAGACUGACGGACUGCCGCACGCGCCAGGCGCGGGCAAAGAGGAGCAAGGCAGGACCCCCAGCCCGUAAAGAGCGUAACAGAUAAAAAGUGAGUGAGUGAGAGAGAGGGGAUAGAGAGAGGGAGGGAGAGCAACAGUGAGAGAGUGUGUAAAAGACCCGAUCGUCCCAAGAAUGAUGUCCUACAUAAAGCAGCCCCAUUAUGCUGUGAACGGGUUAACAUUGUCCGCCUCAGGAAUGGACCUGCUCCACACUGCUGUCGGCUACCCAGCCACUCCGAGGAAGCAGCGUCGGGAGCGCACCACCUUCACACGCACCCAGCUGGACAUCCUAGAAGCCCUGUUUACCAAAACUCGGUACCCAGACAUAUUCAUGAGAGAAGAGGUGGCCCUGAAAAUCAACCUUCCCGAGUCCAGAGUUCAGGUGUGGUUUAAGAACCGUCGUGCUAAAUGCCGCCAACAGCAACAGCAAACCAACGGUCAGCCCAAGCCCCGUCCCCCCAAAAAGAAGUCAUCCCCACCCUCCGAGCUGACUUCUGACCCUGGCACCAGCUCUUCGGUGGCAGCUGCCCCUGCCCCAGUCGUGCCCCCUAGUGUUAGCGCUGGCAAUGCACCAGUGUCUGUUUGGAGUCCUACAUCUCUAUCCCCCCUUUCUGAUCCAUUAUGUGGCUCCAGCACACCUUGUGUGCAGCGCCCAGCCACGUAUCCCAUGAGCUAUGGUCAGCCUACCACUUAUACUCAGGGCUAUAGCUCUUCUCCCUACUUCAGUGGCCUGGAUUGUAGUCCAUACCUCUCUCCCAUGACCACUCAGCUGUCAGCCAGUGGGGGUGCUCUUUCUCCCCUUACUGUGCCCUCCAUGGGUGGCUCACUCAGCCAGUCACCAUCCCUCUCCUCCCAGGGAUACAGCUCCACUUCACUGGGUUUCAGUUCCAUAGACUGUCUGGAUUACAAGGACCAGCAGGCCUGGAAGCUAAACUUCAGCACCGUAGACUGCCUCGAUCAUAAAUUCCAGGUGCUGUAGGAGAGAAAGCGAAGAAAACGUGAGAGAAAAAGAGAAAUUGAAGAAGAGUGCAGGGAGGAAGGAGGGUAAAGAAAAUAGGACUAUUGCUUUAAAUGCCGAAGACAUUGUGAUGUUGAAAAGGAUGGAAUCAGCAGGACUGAGGUAUGACCUCAGAGGGAAUAAAAGGUGCACAUUUGGAAACAGAUAAAUUCUGGUUCUUAAUAAUCCAGAUCUGCUCUGUGAUUGGUUGAGAGGGAUGGGACUUCCCAAGUCUAAUGAUCAUCAGUCAUCAUUAUUAACUAUUUACCUCACACACACACACAUACUGGCACACACAUGCGCAUAGCACACACACACACAAACUCUGCCUGCUUACACUUUUACAACACAAAUAUCCACUAAAAUACACAUCUUCACAUGCAAUCAUACAAAUAACUGGAACUUCUUAGUAUCAUUGCAAAUACAACCUGCUUUUUGUGGGACAAAGUUUUUCUUUCUUUUUUUAUCAUAAGUUCGUAAGUUUGGUUUGUCUGUACUCUAAGGCAAUAGGAGUUCUUGUAUUGUGCUUAUAGAUUGCUGUUAUUUAUUGUUAUUAUGUUAACUUAUUACACAUAAUAUGGGUUCUGUUAGAGUUAAUCAUUUAAUCUUCAUUUACUGACUUUAUGUAAUGUGGAUGUAUAUUUUUUAUUUGAGAGACCUAUUUGAGUGUAGAAAAAUCAGUGUUGCCAUUUUGUCAUUUCAGCUUAAUUUAAAUGAGAGUUAAAAGGUUUAAAAUGAUAUUCUUAGUAUCAAUGCAGCAUUAUGGCUUUGAGAUGUGUAAGGUUUGUCUUACUCUGUUUCUCAUUUACUUUUGAAGAUGAUUAAAGUACCGUUGUCAUGAAUAAAAAUAUAAUGAUCAAGAAGUUAGUGUCAGAUUGAUUCACCUCAGAAUAAUGGAAAAGUUA